AUGGUACAACCAAAUGUAAAUAAAAAAACAAAUAAUAAUAAUAAUAAAGUUAUUACAAAAUCGAUUCAUUCAAAUAAAGGAAAAUUUGAAUUGAAAAAGAAACCUGUACAAUUACAACAAAUAUCAAAUGAUAAAAUUAAUGAUAAUAAUAAUUUAAAAAAUCAAUUAGAAAUUCCAAAAGAAAUUCCAAAAGAAAUUAAAUUACAAAAAGAAUCAUUACCAGUAUUUACAGCAAAAGAUGCACUUUUAAAAAAUUUUAAAGAACAUUCAACUGUUAUUAUUAUAUCUGAAACUGGUACUGGUAAAACAACUCAAAUACCACAAUAUUUAUAUGAAAAUGGGUAUAAAGAUAAUGGUAUAAUUGCAAUUACACAACCAAGAAGAGUUGCAGCAGUAUCAAUUUCGAAAAGAGUUUCACAAGAGAUGGGAGUUGAAUUAGGUGAUCAAGUUGGUUAUUGUGUUAGAUUUGAUGAUAAAACCAAUGAAAAAACCAAAUUAAAAUAUAUGACAGAUGGUAUGUUAGUUAGAGAGGCAAUGUUAGAUUCAUCAUUAUCGAAAUAUUCUGUGAUUAUAUUGGAUGAGGCACAUGAGCGUACAUUAAAUACUGAUGUUUUAUUUGGGUUAUUAAAAUCGAUUCAAAAGAGAAGAGAAAAGAAAAACCCAUUAAAAAUUAUUAUCAUGUCUGCGACAUUAGAUGCUGAAUUAUUUUCACAAUAUUUUAAUAAUGCACCAGUGUUAUAUAUUGAGGGUAGACAAUUCCCAGUGCAAAUCUAUUACACUGAGGAAAUUCAAAAAGAUUAUGUUGAUGCAGCAUUAAUUACAGUAUUACAAAUUCAUAUAGCUCAUUUAACAGAUAAAUCAAUUAAUAAAGAAGAAGAGGAAGAUGGAGGAGACAUUUUAGUAUUUUUAACAGGUCGUGAUGAAAUUGAAAAUCUUGAAAAACUUUUAUUAGAUAGAAUACCACGUUUACCAGUUGGUUCAAAAGAUUUAAUAGUUUGUCCAAUCUUUUCAGCAUUACCACAAGAGCAACAAAUGAAAGUUUUUGAGAAAGCUCCAAAAGGAAGUAGAAAAGUGAUUUUAGCAACAAAUAUCGCUGAAACUUCUUUGACAAUCAAUGGUAUUCGGUAUGUUGUAGAUAGUGGUGCUGUGAAAUCUAAAAUUUUCAAUCCGAAAAUUGGUAUUGAUUCAUUGAAUAUUAUACCGAUUUCAAAGGCAUCAGCAAAACAAAGAACUGGUAGAGCUGGUAGAGAAUUCGAGGGUAAAUGCUACCGUUUAUAUACUCAAGAAACUUUUGAAAAAUUAGAUACCUCUUCAAUACCUGAGAUUAAACGUUCAAAUAUUGCAAAUGUUAUAUUACAAUUGAAAACCAUUGGCAUCAAUGAUAUUUUAUCAUUUGACUUUUUAGAAUCACCACCGGUUGCAUCGGUUAUAAAAUCAUUGGAACUUUUAUUUUGUUUAGAUGCAAUCUCUGAUAAUGGAUCAUUGACAGAGUUGGGUAAAAAAAUGGCAUUAUUCCCACUAGAUCCAAUGUAUAGUAAAACUUUAAUUAAAUCCAUUGAAUUUGAAUGUUCAGAAGAGGUUUUAAUAAUCAUUAGUAUUCUAUCGGUUGAAUCUAUAUUUUUCACACCAAAAGAAAAGAAAAAAGAAGUUGAGGAUGUAAAGAAAAUCUUUUUCUCACCAGAUGGUGAUCAUAUAACAUUUUUAAAUGUUUUUAGAGAAUUUCAAAAAUCAAAACCUCAACAACAACAACAAUGGUGUUUUGAUCAUUUUAUAAAUUUAAAAUCAAUGAUUAAAGUUUUAAAUGUUUUUGAACAAUUGGUUAAAUAUUGUAUCUCUUUAAAAUUACCAAUAGUUUCUUGUGGUUCCGAUUUCGAUCGUAUUAAAAAAUCAUUUAUUGGUGGUUUCUUUUUAAAUACUGCAAUUUUACAACCUGAUAAAAAAUAUAAAACAAUGGUUGAUAAUAAAGAAAUUCAAAUUCAUCCAACAUCUUUCUUAUUCGAUCAAAAACCUCAACAUAUUCUCUAUAAUGAAUUAACAAUCACUACAAAAGCUUUUGCUAGAAAUAUUAUACCAAUUGAAGGUAGUUGGUUAGCUGAAAUUUGUCCAAAAUAUUAUGGUACAAGAUUAACAAAACAACAACAACAACAACAACAACAAAAUUCAAUUCAAUCAAUUGAUACUUUUAAAAAUUAA